AUGGACAUUCACAAUCGCACCGAUUACAUUGCCUAUCAAUUCCAACUAUUUCCACUGACCUUUCCCUUGAUUACGGUACUGGCCGGUGUUUUUUAUCUUCUUCCAACGUUUGUAAUCGUUGGGAAGAUGGUAAAAAUCUACUAUGAAACUAGCCAGAGGACAACUACAGUAUCCAUACAGCGCCAUUUGUUUUUGGCGUUUCUUUUGAUGCAAAUUGCA